CAUCGACAGCAAUCAUGGUCGCCCGUUCCUACUCGAAGACGUACUCCGUCCCCCGUCGUCCUUUCGAGUCCGCUCGUCUGGACACUGAGCUGAAGCUCGUUGGCGAGUAUGGACUCCGCAACAAGCGUGAGGUCUGGCGCGUCCAGCUUACUCUGUCCAAGAUCCGUCGUGCUGCCCGUUCGCUCUUGACUCUUGACGAGAAGGACCCCAAGCGCCUCUUCGAGGGUAACGCCCUCAUCCGCCGUCUCGUGCGUGUCGGUGUGCUCGACGAGUCCCGCAUGCGUCUCGAUUACGUCUUGGCCCUGAAGAUUGAGGACUUCUUGGAGCGCCGUCUCCAGACCUGUGUCUACAAGCUCGGUCUUGCCAAGUCCAUCCACCACGCUCGUGUGCUUAUCCGCCAGCGCCACAUCCGCGUCGGCAAGCAGAUCGUCAACGUUCCCUCCUUCAUGGUCCGCCUCGACUCCCAGAAGCACAUUGACUUCGCCCUUACCUCGCCGUUUGGUGGCGGCCGCCCCGGUCGUGUCAGGAGGAAGAAGGCCAAGGCCGCCGAGAAGGGUGGUGACGACGAUGCUGGCGAGGAGGACGAGGAGUAGAUUAUGCAUCAAAAGGAAUGAUUCACGGAUGACCGGCGUUCGGCAUGACGGAAUGAAACAUUCGAGCAGGCGCUCUGUCGUCGGGGACAUGACAUUUGCAUGGGUCUCGGCUGCUGGAUUCUCUACAAAUACCACAUGUAGCAUGUCUGCCAAAAUUUUCAAUUGCCAUCA